CAGAGUAACACUGUCCCGCAACACACUCCUCCAGCCCUCUUCCUCGCCAGCUUGGCCCCGACCCCAGCCCAUGUGUCCCAGAAGGAUCCUGCUCUGCUCCAGCAGCAGGUCGGCGCGAACCACGACAAACUCCUGGCUGCUCAAACAGGACGCCGCGGAUUUACCCAGCUGCAAGAUGAUGACAGAGCAUCUGCCGUGGGUCAGAGCCGCACCCGCCCUCCGGCCGCGCUCCCACCGUCAGGCGUGGAGUCAGGUGGCCACCGGAGGGCCAACCUGAGAGUGAAGGAGGGAGAACGGAGACCCUCGGCACCUGCUGUGCCACGGAGCGGGAACACUGGCGGCGAGACCAACAGCCGCAUCGAGAGGGUAACGGAUGCCUGCGCCAUUUCGAGGCGAUCGCAGCGCACCCGCUGGCAAGCGUUACCCUGCCAUUUUAGGGGCAGCCCCACAGCCCUUCGGGGGUGGGGGAUGUGGCUUGUGGCCUGGCUCGGCUCCGCCCGCCGCCAGGCUGGUGUUGGCCAGACCGCGCCUUCCUCCCCCUCCUGGUUCAGGUAUCAGGUGAAACUGGUCAGGCGUGCGUGAGAGGCGGCGGUGCUCGGAGCGCUGCGGGAGGAUGGCUGGGCGUCGUGGGCUGUGCCUGCUGCUGUUGCUCUGUACGUUUUUGGGACCCACCACUCCUGCAGAGAAUAGAGGAACCAGCAGUUCAAAAGGAAGAAGUUUUGCUGGCCAGAAAGUUUCAAAUACAAAUAAUGCCUCUGAAGAGUUAUAUGAAGUGGAUGAGUUUGCAGCAAAAGUCCUCACAGGAAAGCUGACUACAGUUUUUCUUCCAAUUGUCUAUGUCAUUGUUUUUAUCAUUGGUUUGCCAAGCAAUGCCCUGGCUCUCUGGGUCUUUUUUUUCCGAACAAAGAAGAAACAUCCAGCUGUGAUUUAUAUGGUUAACUUGGCAUUGGCAGACCUUCUUUUUGUUGUUUGGUUCCCACUGAAGAUUGCAUACCAUGUAAAUGGCAAUAACUGGCUAUUCGGUGAAGGUCUCUGCAAAGUACUUGUUGGAUUUUUCUAUGGAAAUAUGUACUGUUCCAUUCUCUUUAUGACAUGUCUCAGUGUGCAGCGGUAUUGGGUUGUAGUGAACCCCAUAGUGCAUUCAAGAAAGAAAUCUGAAAUCGCCCUGGGCAUCUCCCUUGCUAUCUGGAUUCUGAUUUUGUUGGGCACCAUUCCAUUGUAUCUUGUUAAUCAGACGGUAUAUAUUUCAAAUCUUAACAUCACUACCUGCCAUGAUGUGUUGCCUGAAAAUGUUUUGGCUCAUGAUAUGUUCAAUUAUUUCCUCUCACUUGCGAUUGGACUCUUCUUAAUCCCAGCUCUCCUCACUGCUGUUGCUUACAUACUAAUGAUUAAGACUCUGAAUGCUUCUAUCUCAGAUGUAAGCACUGGGAAGAAAAGAAAGAGAGCAAUCAAACUCAUUAUUGCUGUCCUGUCCAUGUAUCUUAUCUGUUUCACACCUAGCAAUGUGCUGCUUGUUGUGCAUUAUUUGCUCCUCAAAACCUACAGCCAGAGCUAUCUGUAUGUGUCGUACAUAACUGCACUGUGUCUUUCUACUUUGAACAGUUGUAUUGAUCCAUUUAUCUAUUACUAUAUUUCAAAAGACUUCAGAGACAACCUCAAAAAUGCUCUUCUUUGUCGAAGCGUGCGAACUACACGGAGAAUGCAAGUGUCUCUCUCAUCAGGCAGAUACCCCAGGAAAUCAAGUUCUUACUCUUCAAACUCCAAUGGGACCACUAAAUCAACCUACUGAGUUUAAUCUUAGAAAAGUGAACUUUUAUUACUACUGCUGAAAGGAUGGAAGUGACAAGAGAGUUACUUUGUACAAGCAGAGACUUCAGACUCUCUUCUCUUUUUAAUCACAUUGAAGCUUGGAUUUCAGAACUGGCAGCUGCUUAUGCUGUGUAGAAAUCAUAAGCAGACAAAUCUUCCUUGCUAGACUGGAGAAAAAUAAUCAUGACAUUUCAGAUGCUCUGCAAGAAUGGAAGAGCGUUGUGGUUGAAGACAUUUUUGUUUAAUAUUGAAGCUGUUAGAAAGAAAAAUGUUACAGGAAUGUUAUGUAGUAUUGCUAGAAUACAGGGUAUUUCAAAAAGAUGUACCUAAUUUCAAUGGAGUAUAUUUUGUGAUGGCAAUACUUUACAAUUACACAAAAAAUUAGGCAUCUAGUGGUAAUAAUUUGAAACUGUGCCCCGCUCUUUCAAGUGAUAAGAGUUUCAUUCAUGGGCAGUUUGUGGUUGCAGGGAUAUCGGUUGAUCUUUUUGAAACACCCUGUGUACCUCUGCAACUGUAAACUGCCCAUGAUUGAAACUCUUACCACUUGGGAGCAUAGAACAUUCAUAAAAAGAUUACUAAAACUUUGUAAAUUUUUGUGUAAUUGUAACAAGUUGCCAUUGUGAAAUAUACUGUUUUGAAAUUGGAUCCAUCUUUUUGAAACACCCUGUGUUUAAUUAACAGAGAAAUCUGUUUUGUUUCGCUUUAACUGUAAUGUAUUAAACAGCUGAACAGAUUGUGUAUGUAGGACCUUGCUCUAUGUACCUGCUCACAGUGAACAUUAUUUGAAACCAUAAAGAGAAGCAAAGGAGGAUCCAUUUCACCAUCUUGGUGUAGACUGUUUAUUAUCUUUAGUAUAAUACAGUUUUAUAUUGCUUUCAAAGUUGCCAAUGCCGUAAAUACUAACAUGUCAGAAGCCUGUAAGGUUAUCCUGUUGAAUUGACAGGCUGAACUUGUCACCUAGCACUGAGAUAAAAUAUUAGUUGAGAUUAUACACUGUUACUUAAUACUUGCCAGUACAUGAUUUGAAGUGGGGAUAUUUAACAAAGUUUUGAUGAAUAGCUAUUUGAUUUUUAUAUAAUGUGCCUUGUAUUUUUUAAGAUAUCUAAAUAAGAUUUUUUUUAAUGUAA